AUGUCUCUUUUUCCUUACAAACUACAUGAGCUUCUCACUGAGAUGCAAUCCAACGAUCACCUUUCUUCCAUCAUCUCAUGGACGCAAUCUGGUGGAGCAUUCAAGAUUCACGAACCUCUGGUCUUUGAAGAGAUACUUCUCCAAAAGUACUUCCCUCGGCAAACCCAGCUCAACUCCUUCAAGCGUCAACUUCUUUACUACGGGUUUGAUAAUCUUGGCGACGGCAUCUUCGCUCACCCUUGCUUUUUGAAGGACAAGCGCCACCUAUGCGGGCAGAUCAACCACACGAACCCCACCAAGAGUCAACGUGAGGGAAAGGCCUUGAUCUCCUCCAGAAGAGUUCGUGGAAAGCGAGCAAAGCAUGUGAUUCGUGAAAGAUUGGAGGCAUCGGCUGCUUCUGCUAUUACGAACACCAAGAAGGAAGAAGCAGCAAGAACAACCGAAAGUGCCCCUGCUUUUAUCCCAUCACCUGACCCUCUUCGUUCUGGUGGUACAACAUCGCCAGUGCUGUCUGUGCCUCUGUCUCUUGUACCUCCUCUUGCAAGCCCAUUAGCUCGUCCAGGGUCGAACAACAGACAAGGUGGUUGUGAUCAGCCCUCCUUAAUUCCCCUGCUGCUUCAUUCUUCUCGCGAAAUGCCAAAUCAAUACUGGAGUCGCUUGAAUAAUUCCUGCGCGCCGCUAUCCAGAAUGGUAUCGAACGAGGACCAUUGUCUUCCUGCGUCCACAGUAGUAUCCAUGGAGGGCCAGAACCUCCCUCUGUCGAGCACAGGAAUAUCCAGCAUGUUUCCGCGAAUGAAACAAAUGCCUAGUGGACUGACUCUGUCAAAUGGACCGCCAUGUUGCGAUGUUGUUUCGGCAGCAAGAAAAUGGAGGAAAUGUUGGUGUAGGAAGAAACAGUGA